UGGGGAUGGUGUGCCGGGGCAUCGCGUCUCUCGGCUCGGCUCCUCGACAUCCUGCCCGCAUCCAGUUUAAUGGAUUGUUUCCGAGAAGAAUGAGAAAUAGCGAUAGUCGUCGUGGCAACUGCUCAUGUUGGUAACGUUAAACAAGUGGGAUUCAUAACCGCUGCUGUCAUCGCUGUUCUCUUCUCUCUGAGCUGUCGUUGGUAAACACAAGGCCUUUCUGUCGUUAGACUCCAUGGCUGUACGUGAGGAGGUUUACAGUGAAAAGAUGAUCUGAAACCCGACGACACGCGUCUGACUCAUGUGUUCAUCCCCAGCCAGAGACGAGGUGCGCGUGACUCCGAGAGGCGCAGAUCGUGUGUCUGUGUUGAGAUGUUAAAGCGAGCUCUGGCUCCAUCAGCUUGGCAUCUGUAUCACCACAGUUGCGUUAUACCGCCAUGUCAAAUUAGCAGACGUGCCCCCCCUCCCCCCCCUGAUGAGAGUGAGUAGCUAUGGCCGAGCAAGAGCUUUGUCCUCACCUGGAUUCCAUAGGAGAGGUGACCAAGGAGGACCUGCUGCAGAAAUCCAAGGGAACGUGCCAGUCGUGUGGAGCUGGAGGCCCAAACCUGUGGGCCUGUCUGCAGAGCGACUGCCCGUAUGUCGGUUGCGGAGAGUCCUUCUCUGACCACAGCACGCUGCAUGCACAGACGAAGAAGCACAACCUGACUGUGAACCUCACGACGUUCAGGAUCUGGUGUUACGUGUGUGAGCGGGAGGUGUUCCUGGAGCACAGGCCCGCUCUGCUGCCGGGACCCGCUGCCCCCCACCACCACUGUAAAGCCACGGAGCAGGAAGCAGCUCCUCCGACACUAGCUCACCCACUAAAAGGAGUACCGAUCGCGGUGGCAGAAGAAGAAGGUUCCGAGUCCGAGGAGGACGAGCUUAAACCCAGAGGCUUGACAGGAAUGAAAAAUAUCGGAAACUCCUGCUACAUGAACGCGGCCCUUCAAGCCCUGUCGAACUGUCCUCCUCUCACUCAGUUCUUCCUGGACUGCAGCGGACUGGUCCGCACCGAUAAGAAGCCCGCUCUCUGUCGGAGCUACCAGAAACUCAUCUCAGAACUCUGGCAUAAAAAACGGCCCAGCUAUGUCGUGCCUACCAGUCUGUCUCAUGGCAUCAAACUAGUAAACCCCAUGUUCCGUGGUUACGCUCAGCAGGUAGGGGCAAGCACCCAGCAGGACACGCAGGAGUUCCUGCGCUGUCUGAUGGACCAGUUACACGAAGAGCUGAAGGAGCCUCUGACCGAAUGCAGCCUGAGCCGGGAGGGCAGCGACGGGGAGGAGGUGAGAGACGGAGACCGCUCGCAGUCCGAGGAGGAAUUCCUGUCCUGCGACUCCGGCUCCAGCAGCGACCGCGGGGAGGGAGGCGCGGCGAGCGACGGCGUGCCGCUGCCGCAGGACGUGUGCGACGGGGUCAGGUCGCCGGCAGGAGGGGCGGCGGACGUCGGCACCGGCGCGGUGAUCUCGGAGAAGGAGAGGCUGAAGGAAAGGAGGGUGUCCGGCUCGCCGCUCCACGGAGGCUCGCAAGAGAUGGACGAGGACGCCGAUGUCGACACGGCGGUCGAGGAGGCGGUUCCCGAGAGGAGAGAGGAAGAGGAGGUGACGCCGACCGCCGCCGCGAACACCGAGGUCCAAAGCCAAGAGGACAACCAGUUAUCGGAGACGGGGCAAGAGCACAGCAGCAGCUCCUCCGAGCCGGACAACGAAGCGUCGAUGAACCAGCCCCAGUCCACUCCCUGCAGUCCUGUGCGAACCCUUCAGGAGCUGCAUCCCAAAAUGUCCUCCAGUCCACCUCGCUCCAGCCCCCUCCGCUGUGCAGGGCCCGCGUACGCCUUCAAGAAAGCUCAGCUGCAGCUCGGUGCCCGGAAGAAGAAACAGCCUCACUACCGCAGCGUGAUCUCGGACAUCUUCGACGGCUCCAUCCUCAGCCUGGUUCAGUGUUUGACCUGCGACAGGGUCUCUACGACGGUGGAAACCUUCCAAGACUUGUCCCUCCCCAUUCCCGGUAAAGAGGACUUGGCCAAGCUCCACGCCUCCAUCCACCAGAACCUCCCCGUCAAGACGGGCGUGAGCCCCGACAUCUACGGCUCGCAGGGCUGGGUCACCUUCAUCAUGGACUCCAUCCGCCGGUUCGUCGUCUCAUGUAUCCCCACCUGGUUCUGGGGGCCCAUGGUGACGCUGGAGGACUGCCUCGCUGCCUUCUUCGCCGCAGAUGAACUCAAAGGGGACAACAUGUACAGCUGUGAGAGGUGUAAAAAGUUGAGAAAUGGUGUCAAAUAUUGCAAAGUACUUAGACUUCCGGAGAUCCUGUGCGUCCACCUGAAGCGCUUCCGGCACGAGGUCAUGUACUCCUUCAAGAUCAGCAGCCACGUGUCCUUCCCGCUGGAGGGCCUCGACAUGCGGCCUUUCCUGGCCAAAGACAGCCCGUCACAAGUCACCACGUACGACCUGCUGUCCGUCAUAUGUCACCACGGCACGGCAGGAAGCGGGCACUACAUCGCGUACUGCCAGAACGUGAUCAACGGCCAGUGGUAUGAGUUCGACGACCAGUAUGUGACGGAGGUCCACGAGACGGUGGUGCAGAAUGCAGAGGCCUACGUGUUGUUCUACAGGAAAAGCAGCGACGAGUCGGUGAGGGAGAGGCAGAAGGUCGUGGCUCUGGCCAACGCCAGGGAGCCCAGCCUGCUGCAGUUCUACAUCUCCAGGGAAUGGCUGAACAAGUUCAACACCUUCGCCGAGCCGGGGCCCAUCGGCAACCACACGUUCCUGUGUCGGCACGGAGGGAUCCCUCCUCAUAAAUACCACUACAUAGAUGACCUGGUGGUGAUCGUUCCCCAGAACGUGUGGGACUACCUCUUCAACAGCUUCGGGGGCGGCCCCGCGGUGAACCACCUGUACACGUGUGCCAUCUGCCAGGUGGAGAUCGAAGCUCUGGCUAAACGCAGGAAAACAGAAAUCGACACCUUCAUCAAGCUGAACAAAGAGUUCCAGGCCGAAGAGGCUCCCGCGGUGAUCCUGUGCAUCAGCAUGCAGUGGUUCAGGGAGUGGGAGGGCUUCGUGAAGGGCAAAGACAACGAGCCGCCCGGCCCCAUCGACAACAGCAGGAUCGGUGCGAUGAAAGGAGGCCACGUACAACUCAAGCAAGGGGCCGACUACGGUCAGAUCUCGGAGGAGACGUGGCAGUACUUGUUGGGUAUUUACGCCGGAGGCCCCGAGAUCGCCGUGAGACAAACCGUGGCUCCGGCCAACCCGGACGGCCUCCACGGGGAGAGGAAGAUCGAGGCCGAAACCAGAGCGCUUUGAGAGAGAGAGCGAGAGAGAGAGAGAGAGGUCUUCUGAUUCCCCCUUUUUUGUUCCACUCCUGCCCUCGCAGGAAAGCCGAAGGACUUGUCACCUCGGUGAAGAAGCCCCUCGAGCCGCCAGCACUUUGUAAACGUAGCAGCGCACGAGGGGGCCGAACCGGUACUUAAAUAUCACGUAGUUUAUUUAUUUAUUGAAUAACUCUGAUCCUUAAACGUUAAGGUGUUAAAAAACGUUGUGUGUGUGUCACAUCUCUGGGGCUUAGCUGUGGUUGUUUCCGUGGCGACGGCGGAGGAGGAGGAGAGCGGCGCCGCCGCCGUGUGAUGUUUUGGGUUUACAGCUUUUCUUCCUCGACCAAAACCCUCUUUUUUCUGUUGUUUUUGUUUACGCGUUCGGACGUCGAGCGAGAGGCCACACCCACAACCUUAAAUAUACGCAGUGUAACCCGAGGCCUCAGGAAUGGAAGUCUUUUUGUUUGGUUGAACUUGUUGGUGUUUAUUUUUUAAAUCCCUAAUUGACUGAGAGGACGGAUCGUUAUUUUUUUAAACUGGUUCGGUGUCGGAGUGAAAUCCGAUUGGACCGUCGUGAACGUCCUCUAAAAGUCACAAUUACAAACUGAGCAAAAAGGUAAAGACUUUUCUUUUGUAUUUCUCUUCACAAUGUUAUUAUUAUUAUUAUUAUUAUUAUUAUACCAAUACUCCAUUCCAUAAUAUGGGAAAAUAAGGUUACGGUUGAAAAAAAAAAAAAAAAAAGACCAAAGUACACAUCCUGGUGCAUCAUUUGUCAAACGGAUGAUAUUGUGCAACACAAUAUUAGAACAGGCUUUUCCUAAUAAGUUUUUUUUUAAUUCCCACGAGUGCAGUACCUGUGUAAACAAAGAGAGGGCGCUAUUCUCACCGUGUAAUCGUUCAGAAAGGAAAGAAAUAACCUUGACUUUUUAUCACAAAUAAUUAGCACCACACGCACAAAUCCACACGACAGUAGAGGUCAUUCAUGGUUACUGUUUAAUUUAUAUAUAUAUAUUUUAUUUCAGCGUAAUAUCUUUAUUGUGAGCCAUUUGCUUGUAAAAAAAUAUUUGUGCGAAUGCAAACUGCCUUUUUUUGUUGUUGUUGUUGAAGAUUGCAUUUUUUUUUUUUUAUUGUAUUUAGGAAACGACUCCAGCCACAAAUGAAGCGAUCAUCAUAACGAUCCCGCGACGCCUUCGUGUCAAAGAAGAGAUUAAAUUCAGAUCGGGCGGAUAAACAAGAAGUCCUAAAAAAAAAUAUUUUAUUUGAAGUAGUUGAUCUUCUUUAAAUAUAAUAAUUGUAUCUUUGCAGCAUCAUCGAUGAACCGGCCGACGCUUAUCUGAAUAAACCGCUUCCUCUUCUAUCUCACUGGAGAUGAAUCACAUUUCAACUGAAAUGUUCUGCAAUAUCUUUCAACACGUUAUAAGCCAUUAAAGCAUCGCGCGUGUGUGUGUGUGUGUGUGUGUGUGUGAGCGACACACACGCAAGAUAACAAGAAUGUCAAGUGUGACUGCGUUUUUCUGUUAAUAUUAAUAAUAAUAAAUACAGAUUUUGAAAAGCCCAAACUAGAAAACUUAAAAAAAAAAAAUAUUGUUGUAUUAAGUUAAAUUAUUAUUAGUUAUCCAUUUAUGAGAGUGAAUGGAACAUAUUU